AUGGAUUUUGAAACAAGAGAAGACAAUGAUGGGGUUAGACUCUCGUGGACUUCUUUACCCAAAUCCAAAUUACAACAUCAAAGAAAUGUUAUCCCUAUGGGUGCAUUAUAUACUCCUUUAAACAACAAAACAUCAAUCUCCGUUCUAGACCAAAAUUGUAUUAUUAGUUGUCGAACAUGUCGAGCAGUAUUAAAUCCUUAUUCACCUAUAAAUAACUCACUUUGGACAUGUCAAAUAUGUAAUUCAUCUAAUCAACUCCCAGCAAUGGUUGACUCUGAAGGUCAGCCAUGUUACCCUCCCAAUCUCAAUCCAGAAUUAACAACAGUAGAGUAUAAAACUGGUAGAUCAAGUGCUUUACCUCCAAUAUUUUUUUAUGUUGUCGAUACCAUAUUUGAAAAUGAUGAUAUUGAAAGUGCUUUCCAACAACUUAAAGAAAGUUUAACAGUGUCUUUGAGUCUUUUACCAGAAGAUGCAUUAGUUGGGUUCAUCUCGUUUGGUAAACAUGUGAGAAUACAUGAUUUGGGUAGCAAUGACAAUUUAAGUUACACAUUUAACGGGAACAAACAGUACACAUUGGAACAACUUCAAUCUUCCCUUGGAUUAAUGAGUUCCGGAUUGAGCACUGCUGGGUUAAAACAAGCUAAAGAUAAUAAUGGGUAUGAUCAAUUGAUUGGUAAUAUAGGUAAAAGAUUCUUACAGCCAGUAAAUAUUGCCGAAUAUCAAUUGACAAGAAUUAUAGAAACCUUGGUACCGGAUAGAUUUCCUCAUAAUGAAUAUAGUGAACGUCCAGAAAGAGCCACUGGUGCAGCAAUAAAUGUUGCUUCGUUAUUGCUAAAAACCAUUUUAAAUAAUCUGCAUCAUUUGACUGGUGGUCAUUUAAUGGUGUUUAUCAGUGGUGUAUGUACUUUUGGACCAGGCAAAAUUGUUGAUAAAUUGUUAAAAGAACCACUCAGAUCCCAUCAUGACAUUAUAAAAGCGCAAACAACUACCAUACAAACUCCAUCGACAUCUCAUGUUGCCAAAAGUGAUAUUAAUUUAUUCAAACAAGCAAAAAAAUUUUAUGAAGGAAUAACUAAAACUCUUGUUACGUUGGGGCUUAGUUGUGAUUUUUUCAUUGGAAGUUAUGAUCAAGUGGGACUUUAUGAAAUGGAUGAAGUAUGCUAUAAAACAGGUGGUAGUGUUGUUUUAAGUGAUUCUUUUAGUACUGCCAUUUUCAAACAAAGUUUUAUAAGAUUUUUCAAAAAGCAAGAAGAAGACGAACAAGAUGGAGAAAAUUCUGAAUAUUUGGAUAUGGGGUUCAAUGCCACUUUAGAAGUUAAGACUGGAGUUGAUUUGAAAAUUGAAGGGCUUAUUGGGAAUGCAACAUCGUUACCUUUUAAUAAAACUGUUCCUGCUAAUGAAAGAAUGAUAAGUACCAAUAUUGUUGGAGAGGGGAAAACCAACAGUUGGAAAUUGUGCAAUGCCAAUCCACAAUCAACUUAUGCAUUAUAUUUUGAGAAACUAGAUAGUGUUGCUGCUGCUACAACAAUACAGUUUCUUUUCCAUUAUCAACAUCCAUCAGGUGAGAUGAGAUUACGUGUCACGACAAUUCCUGUAAAUAUUAUUGCUGAUUCCGAUAACAUCAACUUGGAAUUAGGGUUUGAUCAAGAAACUGCACUAGUUUUGGUUGCCCGUGACUCAAUAAAUAAGUUACAACCAGGAAAUACAAAAGUGGCAACAACAGCUAGUAUUGUCAAACAAUUGGACAAUACAUUGAUUGAUUUUUGUACUCGUUUUGCAGUUUAUACUGCUGGUCAGAUUGAAUCUUUUAGAUUGGCACAGACAUUUUCUUUAUUCCCCCAAUUUCUUUACCACUUAAGACGAUCACCAUUUAUAAAUGUUUUCAACAGCUCACCUGAUGAAACCAGUUAUGUUAGACAUGUGUUUAUGCACGAAGACACCGCAAACUCAUUAUUAAUGAUACAACCAACAUUAUUGUCCUAUGAUGUAAAUACAUGGGGGUCGUUAGUUGAUGAAACCACUGGUGAAACAAUAAAUGAACCUGAACCAGUAUUAUUGGACUCAUUGAGUUUAGGACGAUCCAAAAUAUUGUUGUUGGAUACAUUUUUCCAAAUUUUAAUUUAUCAUGGAGCUCAGGUUGCUGAAUGGAGAAAAGCUGGAUAUCAUGAACAAGAGGAAUAUCAAUAUUUCAAAGAAUUCUUGGAAGCUCCGAAAAGGGAAGCAAUGAUGCUAUUAAUGGAUAGAUUCCCCUUGCCUAGAUUCAUUGAUUGUGAUGAAGGUGGAUCUCAGGCAAGAUUUUUAAUGGCCAAGUUGAACCCUAGUACAAGCUAUGCUACAAAUGUCAAUCAUCUUUAUGGUAUUGGAGACCGAAGUGACGUUUUCACCGAUGAUACCAACUUACAACUGUUUAUGGAUCAUAUACAAAGAGUAGUUACAGCUAAAAAAUAG